AGAGUGGCUAAAGUUUUUGUAUUGAGCGCUAUAUUCAGAGGUAAACAGGAACAUACACGGAUCGCUUUCCAAACGUUUUGCACAAUUUUUCGACUAAUUUACAAUCAAAUUUCAUCGCAAUGUCCCGUAAGGAAGCUCUCUCGCAGUUUAUCAACCAGAUUCAUGGCCGACCGGUUGUCGUAAAACUUAACAGUGGAGUGGAUUAUCGCGGUGUUCUCGCCUGCCUCGAUGGUUACAUGAACAUUGCCCUGGAUCAAACCGAGGAAUAUGCAAAUGGUCAGUUGAAGAACAAAUACGGCGAUGCAUUCAUUCGUGGUAACAAUGUGCUGUAUAUUUCUACGCAGAAGAGAAGAGUCUAAAAUAAACUCACUUUGAAUUUCGGUUACGAAA